CUCUCUCUCUCUCUGUCGCUCCCGUUACAGGUCUCUUCGUCCGGCUUCUUCGAGCUGCAGAUACUGGAGAUUUCAAACACCAACAGCCACCUACUGUCAGGAUACUGCUGCGGUCUGCCACCGGAGAAGCGGCAAAGCGAAACGACAGGAUGUCCGGCAUGUGCGACGGCGUUCAGUCUGUGCCUGAAGGAGUACCAGGGAGCGACGUCGGGAGGCCAGUCGCCGCAGCAGCAGCAGGAACAGAAGCAGCCUGCCGUGGAACCGCAACCGUCGGGCCUAUACGGCUGUGCGUUCGGUAACGCCAGCACACCGGUCCUCGGGGGCUCCAGCUUCGUCCUGACCGAUCCGGAAGUCGGUGGCAUCACGUUACCCUUCACCUUUCGCUGGACGAAAUCGUUCACCCUUAUCCUGCAGGCCCUAGACAUGUACAACGCGUCGUACUCGAUAUCGGAGCGGCUCAUCGAUGAGACAUCAUUUUCCGGUGUCAUACUUCCGUCGCACGAUUGGAAUACAUUAGACCACAUAGGGAAGGCCGCCCGGAUAACGUACCGGGUACGGGUGCAGUGCGCCGACAACUACUACAACACGACCUGCACCACGUUCUGUCGGCCACGGAACGACCAGUUCGGGCACUACACCUGCGGCAAGCAGGGCAACAAGGUGUGUCUGCCUGGCUGGCAGGGAGCCAACUGUGAGAAAGCCAUCUGCAAGCCAGGAUGUGACCAAAUUCACGGCAAAUGUGAUCAACCCGGCGAGUGCGAGUGCCGCCCUGGAUGGCGAGGUCCGCUCUGCAACGAGUGCAUGGUGUACCCGGGCUGCCGGCACGGGUACUGCAACGGAAGCGCCUGGCAGUGCAUCUGUGAUACGAACUGGGGCGGAAUCCUCUGCGAUCAAGAUCUCAACUACUGUGGCACGCACGAACCGUGCAUGCACGGGGGGACGUGCGAGAACACGGCCCCGGACCAGUACCGAUGCACCUGCGCCGAAGGACUCUCGGGGACGCGCUGCGAAAUCGUCGAGCACCCGUGCGCCCCGCAGCCGUGCCGGAACGGGGGCACCUGCAUGCUGACCGGAAACGGUGACAAGCCGGCGAAGGGCACCGGGGCCGGCGGUUCCACGGCCUCUUCGACCGUGGCCUCGAUCGUGGUCCGCGGAAUGCGGGGCAUGAGCUCGAUGGGCAAACCGUACGGCCGAAGUGCGGCCACCAGCGGCGACUCCAAGGAAUCAAAACCGACCGGUGGCGGUGGCGGUGGCGGUGGCGGUGGCGGUGGCGGUGGCGGUGGGUCACCGUCCUCCACUUCAGGAUCAUCCUCAUCUUCCUCCUCGUCGUCAUCGUCGUCGUCGUCCGGUGCUGGCGCUCCGCAAGCGAUGAAAGAUUUCGUCUGUACUUGCGCCCCCGGAUGGACCGGGCCGACCUGCGAGAUAAACAUCGACGAGUGCGCCGACGGACCGUGCCAAAACGGUGGCACCUGUAUCGAUCUGAUUGGCAAGUUUCGCUGCGAGUGCCCGCCACAGUGGACCGGGGAAACCUGUCAGAAAGACGUCGACGAGUGCGAAUCGAACGUGGCGUCCGGGCUGGGGCCAUGCAUUAACGCCGAAUCAUGCCGCAACCUGCCCGGCUCGUUCCAAUGCAGCUGCCUCGAGGGCUGGGGCGGUCCGACCUGCGCCCGGAACCUGGACGACUGCGUCGGGAAGUGCAAGAAUGGCGCCACCUGCAUCGAUCUAGUCAACGACUACCACUGCGCCUGCGCCAUCGGCUACACAGGUCGCGACUGCAACACGGACAUCAACGAGUGUGCCAACUUUCCGUGCCGCAACGGCGGCGAGUGCGUGGACUUCAUCGGCAACUUCAAGUGCAUCUGUCCGCUCGGCUUCUCCGGAACACUGUGCGAGGAAGCGAAAGAUCACUGCAGCUCGUCACCGUGCAUCGAGGGACAGUGUUUGAACACCCCGGGCGGCUACUACUGCCACUGUCCGCCGGGAUGGGCCGGCCGACACUGCGAGUUCCCGCGGACACCGUGCGAUAAGCCACCGUGCGCCAACGACGGAGGAGGAUGCAGUCUGCCGACGGCGAACAACGAUACGAUACCGUGCGGUGGCCGUGGCAAAUGUGAGUCCGGUCCGAUGGGGUCCAGCUGCGUGUGCCAGGCCGGGUUCACUGGGCCCUUCUGUCAGCACGAUGUGAAUGAGUGCACCUCGAGUCCGUGCAACAACAACGGCAUCUGCAUCGACGGCGAAGGCGACUUCUCGUGCGAGUGUCAGCCGGGCUGGACGGGCAAGACGUGCACGGAGCGGGCGGUGCAGUGUCUGCCGGGCCAGUGCCUGAACGGGGGCUCCUGCAGCCCGUCCGCGUUCGGCGGCGUCCCGCACUGCCGCUGCGCCCUCGGCUGGGGCGGCCCGUUCUGCAGUGAGCCCGUGGACCAGUGCCAGGGGCAGCCGUGCCACAACGGCGGAACCUGCGAAUCGGGUCCCGGCUGGUUCCGGUGCCUCUGCGCCAAGGGCUUCUCGGGCCCGGACUGUCGGAUCAACGUGAACGAGUGCUCGCCGCAGCCGUGCCUGGGAGGGGCCACCUGCAAGGACGGCAUCGGUGGCUUCACCUGCCUCUGCCCGGCCGGACGCCGUGGAUUGCGCUGUGAAAUACUGCUCUCCGAUCCGUCGUCCGUGUGCUCGAAUACGACCACCAACUCACCGUACGAUCCGCUAGAUGCCACCGCCGCCGGCGAAUCGAUCGCGGGCCUCGACCGUCGACGCCACUCCGCCGGUACCCUGCCUGACGAAAGCAACUGCAAUUCGUGCAUCUGCGUCAACGGGAAGCCGCGCUGCUCGAACCUCUGGUGCGGUCUGCGCAACUGCCUCAACCGGAACGUCUCGGGCAGCGCCACAGCCUGCGAGAGCCAUCAGGUGUGCGUGCCGACGUCGCAGGAGUCCUGUCUGGCGCCCCCGUGCCGCCCUCGGGGGGACUGCCGGGCGUUCGAACCGUCGCGCCGCGUCGCUCCACCGAAGAUCCCGGCACCGACCGAUUGCUGGCCGAACCAGGCAACGCUCGGGACGGCCUGCGCCCGGAUAUCGAUCCUGCUGGAACUGAACCGGCUCGUCCGGGGCACGUCGGUCGACGGGCUCUGCUACCUGCUGCGGCUGCAGCUAGGCGAACGGCUCAUCAAGAGCCCAGCCUUCGACGUGUCGCUGUUCAUCGUGGUGCUGUGUGACCUCAAGACCGGCACCAACGACACGAUCGAGGUGACACUGUCCACUCCGACGGACCCGGUUGGUGGGUCCUCCAGCCUGACGGAAGCGGUCCGGCUACUGGCGGAGAUCCUGUCCCGGCAGCAGGGUGUCCAAAACGACUCCUUCCAGGCGUCGGACAUCGUCGCGGAGGCGGCCCCCCUGACGUCCAUCCUCGAGGUGAAGGUCGAGACGGCGCUGGUCAACGAAAGUCCGGACAGCUCGAACUACCUGAUCGCCGUCGGCUUCGGGAUCGCCAUCGUCGCGCUCUGCCUCGGCGCGUUCGUGGCGCUCCUGUGGCGCCAGAAGGUCCACUCGCACACCGGCUCCGGGACGAACCUGUCGCCGCACCUCGAUCUGUCGCGCGGCAUGGACGAGGAGAAGUCGAACAAUCUGCAGAAUGAGGAGAACUUCCGGCGCUACGCCAACCCGCUGAAGGCGAGCGCUAGCUCGCUCCGGGGCGCCAUGGAGCUGAGCCUCAACCCGGCGCCCGAGGCCGCGGGCCCGAGCACGGUGCAUCGGUCGCAGCAGCAGCUCUACCCGCCGGUCGGCGGCUGCCCGUCCGCCGGUGACGGGAGUGCCGGUGAGUUCGAGAAGGACCCGGACAAGCAGCAGGCGGUCAACAAGGCGGCGCACCGGAACUCACACCUGCUGCUACACAAGACGCAGAACGCCGACGUGUUGACGAAGAACAUUGUCGGCGCGAUCGACAGCCAGCACAAGGACUUCGGCAAGCGGUCGAUCAACGACCACACGGCCUCGACGACCAACGUCAGUGCGGUCGGGGUCACGGGCUGUGGGACGGCCACGUCGGGGGUCGCCGCGCCGGGCGUCGCCGACACCUCCAGCAUGGGAUCUCUGGCGCAGGACUGCUCGGACGUGCUGACGGUGCACGUGUAG